AUGAAAGAAGACAAGGAAAAGACAGCACAAGACAGUGGAAGAGUAAGACUUCGGAAGAAAAUCCCUAUUCCUCCAUUACCUUUCACACUGCCGCCAGCCAGCCUCCUUCAUAGAGACGUCCUGCGGGCCUGGUGCCAGCAACUAAAGCUGAGCACCAAAGGCCAGAAAUUAGAUGCAUACAGGCGGCUGUGUAAAUUUGCUUACCCUAACCAAAUGAAGAACAUUCCCCUCACUGCACAGGAGGCCAAGAUUCUCACAGCAUCACAAAAAAGAUCGAUGAUGGACAAUGGGGGAGUGUCUCUGGAAAACUCUAAGAAAAAGAUCUCUUCUCAUGCAACGCAUCCUCCUGAAGUGGCUGCUUCCCCUGAGGGUGGGGCGCAGGCCCUUGUUGGGUCUGAUGCUCUCUCAGAGGGAGUCGAAACUGUGGUUGUGACAACUUCAGCCCCAGAUGCUGUGUUUGCCUCCUGGUCCAGAACUGCAGCCAGGGCCGGGGAGAUGGAGACCGUGGAAUCGCCACAGGACUCCUAUGGUGUCCGGUGGUGCGUGGUUCAUGGGAGAAGUCUGCCUGCAGACACAGACGGUUGGGUUCACCUACAGUUUCACGCAGGGCAAGCCUGGGUGCCCGAAAAAUGGGGGAGAGUGUGUGCCUUCUUCCUGCUACCUGCCUGCAAUUUUCCACCCCCACACCUGGAGGACAACAUGCUGUGCCCCAAAUGUGUUCGCAGGAAUAAGGUAUUAAUGAAAAGCCUCCAAUGA